GACUCCCAGCAUGCACCUCGCGGCUGGCCCUCAGUGGAAGCGGGAACCCAGGCGGACCUGGGAGUGUGGCAGCGAGGAAGGGGCAAGCCACGGACUGUGGAGCCGAGACUCGCUCCCGCCACCCUUUCUCGAGGCUGUGGCCUCCGCGAGGGCCGAGCGGGCCGCACCGCCGGCCGUGCGACUGCCCCAGACACGGUCCCCGCUUCUAGCCCGCCUAAGCCUACCUGUCGGGGGUUGCUGACUCGUUUCCUCCCCGAGUUUCCCGCGGGAACUAACGCUUGAAGAGGACCAACCGCAGCCCAGAGCUUCGCAGGCCCUGCCAACCACAGGCGAGGUUGAGAGCCGGGCGGGCCGCGCUGAGAGAGCGUCCCAUCUGUCCUGGAAAGCCUGGGCGGGUGAAUUGGGACCCCGAGGGAAGCAGGGGAGGUCGGCGGGGUGCGGAAGUGCCCAGGCCCCUCCCCGCUGGGGUUGAGAGCUUGGGCGUGCCAGCUUCACUCUUCCCAAGUCCGCUUCAGGUGUCUGGGCCCAGCCUCGGCCACCAUGUCCCGCCAGACCACCUCUGUGGGCUCCAGCUGCCUGGACCUGUGGAGGGAAAAGAAUGACCGGCUCGUUCGACAGGCCAAGGUGGCUCAGAACUCCGGUCUGACUCUGAGGCGACAGCAGUUGGCUCAGGAUGCACUGGAAGGGCUCAGAGGGCUCCUCCAUAGUCUGCAAGGGCUCCCUGCCGCAGUUCCUGUUCUUCCCUUGGAGCUGACUGUCAUCUGCAACUUCAUUAUCCUGAGGGCAAGCUUGGCCCAGGGUUUCACAGAGGAUCAGGCCCAGGAUAUCCAGCGGGGCCUAGAGAGAGUGCUGGAGACACAGGAGCAGCGGGGGCCCAGGUUGGAACAGGGGCUCAGGGAGCUGUGGGACUCUGCCCUUCGUGCUUCCUGCCUUCUGCCAGAGCUGCUGUCUGCCCUGCACCGCCUGGCUGGCCUGCAGGCUGCCCUCUGGUUGAGCGCUGACCGUCUUGGGGACUUGGCCUUGUUGCUAGAGACCCUGAAUGACAGCCAGAGUGGAGCCUCUGAGGAUCUGCUGUUACUUCUGAAAACUUGGAGUCCUCCAGCUGAGGAAUUAGAUGCUCCGUUGACCCUGCAGGAUGCCCAGGGAUUGAAGGAUGUCCUCCUGACAGCAUUUGCCUACCGCCGAGGUCUCCAGGAGUUGAUCACAGGGAACCCAGAGAAGGCACUAAGCAGCCUUCAUGAAGUGGCCUCAGGCCUGUGUCCACGGCCUGUGUUGGUCCAGGUGUACACAGCACUGGGGUCCUGUCACCGUAAGAUGGGAAAUCCACAGAGAGCACUGUUGUACUUGGUUGCAGCCCUGAAAGAGGGAUCAGCCUGGGGUCCUCCGCUUCUGGAGGCCUCUAGACUCUAUCAGCAACUGGGGGACACAACAGCAGAGCUGGAAAGUCUGGAGCUGCUAGUUGAGGCCUUAAAUGUCCCUUACAGUUCCAAAGCCCCACCGUUUCUCAUUGAGGUAGAAUUACUACUGCCACCACCUGACCUAGCCUCACCCCUUCAUUGUGGCACUCAGAGCCAAGCCAAGCACGUACUAGCAAGCAGGUGCCUACAGACGGGGAGGGCAGAAGACGCUGCAGAGCAUUACUUGGACCUGCUGGCCCUGUUGCUGGAUAGCUCGGAGCCAAGGUUCUCCCCGCCCCCCUCCCCUCCAGGGCCCUGUAUGCCUGAGGUGUUUUUGGAAGCAGCGGUAGCACUGAUCCAGGCAGGCAGAGCCCAAGAUGCCUUGACUCUAUGUGAGGAGUUGCUCAGCCGCACAUCGUCUCUGCUACCCAAGAUGUCCCGGCUGUGGGAAAAUGCCAGAAAAGGAACCAAGGAACUGCCAUACUGCCCACUCUGGGUCUCUGCCACCCACCUGCUUCAGGGUCAGGCCUGGGUACAACUGGGUGCCCAAAAAGUGGCAAUUAGUGAAUUUAGCAGGUGUCUUGAGCUGCUCUUCCGGACCACACCUGAGGAAAAAGAACAAGGGGCAGCUUCCAACGGUGAGCAGGGAUGUAAGUCAGAUGUGGCACUGCAGCAGCUUCGGGCAGCCGCCCUAAUUAGUCGUGGAUUGGAAUGGGUAGCCAGCGGCCAGGAUACCAAAGCCUUACAGGACUUCCUCCUCGGUGUGCAGAUGUGCCCAGGUAAUCGAGACACUUACUUUCACCUGCUUCAGACUCUGAAGAGGCUAGAUCGGAGGGAUGAGGCCACUGCACUCUGGUGGAGGCUGGAGGCCCCAACUAAGGGGCCACAGGAAGAUGCUACGUGGUCUCUCCCCCUGUACCUAGAAAGCUAUUUGAGCUGGAUCCGCCCCUCUGAUCGUGAUGCCUUCCUUGAAGAGUUUCGGACAUCUCUGCCAAAGUCUUGUGACCUGUAGCUGCCACGUUUCCAAGAGCUUGAGCUGGGGCCCCAUUGGGCUGUCUCUCUGUGGGGAGGGCUUUCUGCUUCACCAUCGUUAGGAAUGUGACCAUUCCUAUAUAAUUCCUGGACUGGUGAGGUUGGUGGUAGGCCUGUGAAAUUUGCCCUAAUUACUACCAUUCUGGUUUUGGAGGAAACAAUCUCUGCCACCACCAAGUCAUUGGCUUCGCUCGAGGCACCUUUCUUCCUGUUUCCCCUUUUCUUUUGUCGAGUAAAAUUUCAUAUUUA